AUGAUAGAUGUGGCAAGUGCAGUGCAAUAUCUCCACGAAGAAUAUUCGACGCCUGUGAUUCACUGUGAUUUGAAGCCCAAUAAUGUCUUACUUGAUGUGGAUAUGGUUGCCCAUGUCAGCGACUUUGGUAUUGCAAAAAUGCUGGAAAAGGAGGAAAGCUUUGCAUGGACCAGGACCUUAGCUACAAUUGGAUACAUUGCUCCAGAGUAUGGAUCUGAGGGUUUGAUAUCAGCAAAAUGUGAUGUUUACAGCUAUGGAAUCAUGCUGAUGGAAGUUUUUUCAAGAAGAAAGCCUAAUGAUGAAAUGUUUGUGGGAAAUUUGAACUUGAAGAGUUGGAUAAAUGAUUCUCUGCCUAAUUCGAUUCUUCAAGUUAUUGAUGCUAAGUUGUUGAAGCAUGAGGAUGAAAAUUUCACUGAGAAGUUGGAGGGUUUUACAUCCAUCUUGGAAUUAGCCUUAAAAUGCGUUCUUGAAUCUCCAACUGAUAGACUCAGUAUGAAAGUUGUUCUUGAAACACUGAAGAAGAUCAAACUCAAAUUCUUGCAAAGAGAAGCAGGGAAUGGAGCAGUGUUCAAACAUAACCUCCUCAAUGUCAUGACGCUGCAGUUGUUUUCACUGAUGAUAUCCGCUUCAAUUCUUCGCCAGUUUCUUAGACACAGGAAUCAUAUAGAUCAGUGA